ACUUGCGGCAUAUGGAGGUUCCCAGGCUAGGGGUCCAAUAGGAGCUAUGGCUGCUGGCCUACACCACAGCCACAGCAACACGGGAUCCCAGCCUCGUCUGCGACCUACACCACAGCUCAUGGCAACGCCGGAUCCUUAACCCACUGAGCGAGGCCAGGGAUCAAACUGGGAUCCUCACCGAUACUAGCUGGAUUCAUUUGCGCUGCACCACGACGGGAACUCCCAGCAGCCAGGUUCUUAACCCACUGCACCGUGGUGGGAACUCCAAGGUCACUCCUCUUAUCCUUCCUUAGGUACUAGCCACUGGCUUCCCUUCUAAGCCUGAUUCUUUUCUCCUAUCAACCUCCUAUCAACAGGAUGGCAGGGAUCCUGGCAUCCUACUUGCCCGGAGAGGGCUGCCUUGGUUCAGCAGAUGUCCUUGGCCUCUGGGGCCCCUCUGGGAGAAGCUAGACCCUGCAGCCCCAGGCUUCUUCAGUUGGGACAUGGGCACAGGGGCCUGGACACUGAGCAGGCUGGUAGGCCCUAGCAAGGCUUUUAUUGAAGCCUGUUAAAGGGCUUCGGGCUUCCUCUGAUGAAAGGCGCUUAAGUGCAUCUGGUUUUGAUUACAGGGGAGGAGAAAGCCAGGCGGUCUCUCGGGGGUUGGACCAGUCAUCUGGCUCUGCCUUCCUCCAGGCGGAGCAGACUGCUGGUGAGGCCAGGAGGCCAGGUGUGGGGGGCAGGCAGGAAGCAGAGCCGUACAAAACCCUCCAACUCUCCGAGGCUCCUGACCCCAGCCCCUGGCUCUACCAGGCGGGGCUCCCAGAAACAGCAUGGUGCUCAGAGAUGUCAGGCUCCUUUGAGAAAGUCAAGUUUAGAGUGACUGCUGCCCACAACAGCUCUUCACUGGUUUCCAGCUCCUCAUCUCCCCAAUAUCCCCCUAAGAACCCCUGACCCUCCAACAGCCUUCCUGCCUGUUCUCCCUAAGGCAAAGUUGAAAUAGGCGUCUGCCUCGAGGGUUUCCGCAAGUGAUGAAAACUAAGGAAAUGCAGACUUUUAAAAGUUAAAAAACCCUUCAUGUUUUCUUUCUCCUUCUUGACCAGCCAGUAUCGUUCCCUAUAAAGCAGACAUCGUUAAGGCGUCCACGUCACUGUAACUGACAACUCCGCUGAAUUAGAGGGAGAGAUCAGUAUUAAAGUAAGGUGGCUGUCCUGGGCUGUCACCAGGGAGUCCCAAGCCACUCUGUGCCCUGCACCUGUCCCUGCGGGGGAUUUCACCGUGGGCACCCAAAGCUCUUGGGGGAUGGGCUGGGUUAAACACAGCACGCGGUUGGAGAAACGAAAAUCCAUUUUCUUAUUCCCGCCCUGAUUUAAUCCUGCUGCGUGUUAUUAUUGUCGAGUCUCUUCGCACCAGCGUUUCUAAAAAGAAAACCCGUGGGUCUGCGCGGCCCUUCGCCGCCUGCUCGGCUUUUAUUGUGCACGCAGCCUGCUCUGUCUGCGUGGAUCCAGCACGUCGUGUCGUGACCGCCUCGCAGGCGCGCACGGACACCCUCAGAUUGGCAUUUUGAUAAGAGCUGGGCGCAUUGUCUCAGCUGCGAGACACACACAACACGCACACAAUGCAGGGCUACAGACCCCUGGCCAACCCUCCUCGCAACCCGUAAUUAGAGAUGACCUUUGCGAAAGGCAAUUAAAAUAUGGUAAUGAUCGAUGUGCUCGCCCCUUUUCAAAGAGGAAAAUACACAGGUGUCGGCUUCGGGAGGCUCCACCUGGCCCGGUCAGGAGGCCUCCUCCGGCUUAUGAAUGAACUCUUUUUCUCCCGGGAAGCUUCGAUUCUCUGCUACCUUCGCGAGCGCUGGCUCCCCUCCUCCCCUCCCCUCCCCCACCAGUGCUCAGGCAGCCAGGAGCCUGCUGGCGGCGGCGGGGCUUUGUCAUCGGAACGCACACACAGACACGCACACGCGCGCACCCGGCCACCACGGGACCGCGGCGGCCGCUGCGCCUUGUCCUUCCUCGCUGCGCUCCCCUCCCCGCCCCCUCUUUUUAAGAGCUGCUCCAGAUCCUUUCUUCUGUCUUUUAUGUGUGCGGUCCUUUUAAUCCAGGAGCUCGGGAAGCGGUUUAGGGGGCCUCCCGCGGGGCGCAGGACGGCAGGGCUCAGGUCGCGCGCGGAGAGGACGCGUGGGCAGCUGGGCUUUGUUCUGCCCCUUGCCGGGGUCCCGGGGCGGAAAAGCCUCUGCGGCGCUGGGGCCCACCGGUGCAUCGGCGGGCUAACACCAGCACCUCCCCACCCCCCACCAAAACUGGAACGUGAAAUCCUCUCCGGAGGUCACUCCGCACUUGGUCCGGGUGGGGCGCAUCGCCCUGGGGAGGGUCUCCUGGUCCACAAGUGGCUCUCCCCCUACAGACAAAUGUGCAGCGUCAUUAUGGUGGCUCCUGUUGCUCGAGGCCCCUGGGGUGCUCCCUGGGCCGGACGAGAGAAGGGCCCAGGGGCUGGGGCUCCCCGGGGAGCUGCCCGGAGGAGACGCCGCGUCGGUCCCUCCGGCCUCUGCCGGCUGCCUUCCCGGACCGCGAGCACAGAGCCAGGGCGGCCUCUCGCCUUUCAUUACCGGGCCUACGAAAGCAGCAGCCCAGGCAAAUAUGUAGCUAUUAAAAUUAAUCGCCCUGCGUUGUCAGCUGAACAUAAUGCAAAUUAUUUAUGGGCUGUCUGCGCAAUAUUUAUCAUCGUGCAGGCUCCAGGCGCUUCGUGCCUCCCGGCCUCCCCCGCCCGCCCCGGCCCACUCAGGGCGAAGCUGCGAGCAGGCUGCAGCGGCCAGGGGGCUCUGGGCACCCAAAUGGGGUUCCAAGGGCGAGGCCGCGCACUAGCCUGCCUUACGUUACAGGUUGAGAGCCUCACUUUGGUGUCUGGCACGCAUUCCACAUUUGUUGGAGGCCUACUACGUGCAAAAUUAGGAGGUCUGCGAAAUUAGGAGUAAAAGAGGGAAAAAAAAAAACAUUUGAAGAAAUUGGAACCAAGAAGACAAGCUCGGGCUGGAGGGGCAUUGCAGUUGGAGGCUCCUCGGCUGCCCAAGUGGAUUUUCGGUGGCCCAAGCCUGUUCUCCAACUCGCAAAACCCUUGUUUGUGGAAGCUGGAAACGCACACAGCGAAACCCAGAGCAUCGGAGGUGCCCGACGGAUUCGAGUACAAUACCGUCGACUGGAACAGGAAUUCAGUGUCCUUAAAACUUGUUUGCAGAUCGCAGAUAACAGAUUAACUGCUAAUUGUCGAAAUCAGCCAACCAUUUAGUUUAUCACUGCUGGGGGCCCCUUGGUAUUCGCUGCACUUUUUAUAUGUAAAAACUGCCUUGGUACCUCCUAAACGGCUUUUGUGUGGCUUUUGUUUCUCUUUCAAAUACGGUGUUUUAAAAAACAGCAGCAACAGCCACCCCACCCCCUCUCCAACCAAGCCUUCUCUCUCGCUUUCUCUCUUUUUUUUAAACAACAACAACAACAACCCAGGAUGAGAAAUAAUCUAUAGGACAAUCCCCCCCUACUGGUCGGUGCUGGCGUUAGGGCUUUUUACGCAGAUCGAGUCGCCCUGGGCUGCAGAGGUAAACAGGCUUUCUGCACCGUUGCUAAAUGAAUCACGAGGGGAAGAACGGAGACUGUGGGGCGGGGGAGGCCUUGGGAUCCGGGCUGGGUGCCAACGGAGGGGAGGGCGCAGCUUGAGGGGUAGUGGGGUGGAGGCAAGUAGACCCUGCCCGGAGGCCUCGGGGCCAGGGAGGGGAGAGAAAGGUCGGUGGGCGGUCCAGCCAGAGGCCCCCGCUUGCAAUCUGCGAGGCGGAGUGAAAGCGCAGCCUGGGCCUCUAUCCCCCGCGCGCCUGGGCGCCACCUGGGGCCGGUCACGCUGCGUGAGUCCAUCUGCGGGGAAGGAGGUCACCCGGCGACCCCUCCCACACACAGUUUUAGCAGCUCUGAGCCUUCGGGAUGGAGAGGCUGGCCUAGGUCUUUCUUCUGAUGUUCAUUUUAAGCAAAUUAUUGCCCUUGGUCACUGUCCCCACCCUAAACGCCAACGUCACCUCACACUUAGCUAAUCAAGCCCCAGCCAGGGCCUACUUCCGGGGUCCUGGGGGGUGGUGGCGGUGGCCUGGCUAUCUAUAGCAUCUGCUCUCCAGACAAACAGAAGGAUACAGAGCCAGAAAGCUUAUAUUCUUCAUCCGGUUUUCUUCUUAAAAUGUGAUUUGACUCAAUUUAGAGGUGUUUUUUUUUUUUCCAUUUAGCCCCCACUUUUGACAGGGAUUUUUUUCUUAGAACAUUCUAAAGACUCUCCCAUUCCCUCCAAAACUGAAUUUCCAGUGAUGUAAAAAGAAGGAUGUUCAAAGCCUUAAAUUGCUUUUGGAGUCCCUUUAUCUGUACAUUCCUGGAUGGAUCUGAGGAAAGGCUGGUUUUCACUUUUUUUUUUUUAAUCAGCAAAUCACGGUGUUUCCUAAGGUGAGCGAGAUUGAACAGUAGUCACAGUGACUCCAAGGGGGUCAUGCCCCAUUUACAAAGGGCUUGAAGACUUUGGUUCUCAGAAUCCCACCUGAGAGGGGCAGGGUGAGUGUGGCUGCUCCCAUUUACGGAUGAGGAGACUCACACCCCCACCCCGACUCCUCAACAAGUUUCAGGAAUCUUGUCUUCCUCGGGGCCAGAAGCCAGCUGAAACCUGCCGCCUCCUGCCUGGGUCCACCCUUCUCCAGAUCAAUGCCAUUUCGUAAAUGCUGCAUCCUUUGCUGAGAUGGAUCUACUGGGACCCCAGUCCCCCUCCGGGGCUGAAGCAGCCCCGACCGCCCACAUUUUAGGCAGCUCUUUCCACAGCCUGCAAACCGCACGGAUCCUCUCCAACAACUGUCUGUUUACUCACUUCCCUCCACUCUAGGCCCGGGAGGACAAUUUUAAAGUGUUUCUGCAGACAGACCCUCUGGCUGCGCCGGAAGUGUUUUAUGGACCUGUGAGCCCAGUUAAUCCCAGGAGGGGCGGCAGGAUUAGUCCCUGGUGUGGGUGGGGGAUUCCUGUAUUAAGGGUUAAUCCUCACGGGCGAGGAGACGGGGGUCAGCUGGCUUUGGCAAUGUGUGCUCCCCCCAUUAAACUCUGAGAUCUGGACCGAGGUGGAUGGAAACUGAGGCAUGGGGGGGAGUCCCCCAAAGCCUCGAUCUUCUCGAGGCAGGGUGUUUGGGGCUGGAGGGCAGUCUGCAUAGAGGCACCCUGGGAGACCAGUUCGGGCAUCCAAGGAGCUUGGAAAGCACUGUGGUGUGCUCCCCCCACCCCAGGUUUUAUUCCUCCAGCCCUGUGGAAAGGAGGAGAGCCAUAACCCGGGGAGGGAGCCGGAAAGAAACACUUAAUCACCGGCGUCUCGCUGCUCGUCACGCGAAGAUGGCAGCGGCUCCCCUGGGUUUCAAGGUUCCGGGAAAGGCGUGUGUUCUGCCUUGAGGCAAGCCGGCUGCUGCGCUCCCUCCCUCAGCUCAGCGGCCAGGCUGGGCUCGCGGGCUGCCACCAGGCCAGCCUGGCCCUCUGCGGGCCUUGGCGGUGGCGAGGGCAGCGGGGCCCAUGGGUCUUCUCGAGUGAGAAGUAAAGGCUGGAGGAGGUGAGAUGGGGAGCUGAUCGUCCAGCGCCGCCUCGGACCAACUCCCCCCCCCCCAGCCACACUCUGGCCCGGGCACUCCCGCUGUCAAGCUUCAGCCAAUACAAGACAUGCAGGAUAGACUCCUACCAGCGGGGUGGCCGGAGAACCAGCCGGCCUUCGUGCACAGGGGAUUUAUCGCCACUCCCAUCUAGGCAUAGGCCCCACUCUCCGGUCCUCCCCUCUGACCCCCAGGCCAUCAUGAAACACCUAGCUCACAGGUCUCUCCCGCCUGCUGCCACCACCUCCCGGGGAGGGGGGCAGUGGGGGAUCCUUGGAUCCUGGCUGCACGCCCCAGGGCACCACCGUAUGCCUGGACCCUGGGGAGAAGCAGAACAACGCGCAGCCGUUCCACCUCGACACUUCCCAGGGGCAGCACACGACCGCCACGGGUUCCCAGGCACCAGAGCCUGGGAGGAGGAAGGGGAGACUGAGGAGGAAGGGGAGACAGAGGCCCGGGAAGCUGGCUGCGCGCUUGAGACCCUCUGUGUAUGUGCGUGUGCGUGUGUGUGUGCGCGCGCGCGCGGGGGGCGGGGGGAGAAGGGAUGAGUGUUUGAGGGAAGCAGCAGGGUGAGUGCGAACAACCCGGAACCAGCCCUCCCAAUCAGGACUUGCUUAUCUGGCCUCUCCAGCCCCCGGCCGUGAGGUUCCGUGCCCAGGGCUGGCAGCCCGAGUGGAGGGGAGCCCGGAGCUGCAGGAGGCGCAGCUCCUCCGUGGGAGGAGGCCGGGGGCGCGCCCGGAGCCUAGGCACCCGGCUUGACCCAGCCACCCCGGCAGGCGGUCGUUUUAGCGUCGCUUCUUGGGACCACUGACUCUCGACGAUAAGGAGUUCCUCCGCAAUCGGCUGUCCCCAGGCCCCAGUCACCUCCGGCGGACGUGACCACCGGAUGCUAUGUGGCGAGGUGGGGCGGGAGGCCUUUGCACUGCCUUCCCUGGCCCCUUCGCGGCCGCGGAGCCACAAUAACGUGCUUCUGUACGACGCUCCGGAACUUUCCUUUGCAAAAUAAGGGCUAAAUGUUGGGUUUCUCAUCUUUUCCCAUAACGUUUUGGAAGGUGGGGGUCCAACACCCCCCAAACAGCUCGCCUUCCCUACACAACACUGGAGAGGCAGCGCAGCCCUCCCUUCCUCCCUCCCUCCCGUGGCUGCAAUCCUGGUCCUGGCCCAAACUGUGCCGCCAAGCCACUUCACAGUUCUGGCCUCAGCAUCCUCAUCUGUAAAACAUGCCAAGAAUAGUGUCUAGCUCACAGGGUUGUUUUGAUUUUUUUUUUUUUGUCUUUUUAGGGCCACACCCACGGUACAGGGGUGCAGGCUAGGGCUCCUAUCAGACCUGCAGCCGUUGGCCUACACCACAGCCAAUAGCAAUGCAGAAUCCUUAACCCCCAGAGCAGGGCCAGGGAUCGAACCCACACCCUUAUGGAUACUAGCUGGGUUCGUAGGGCUGAGACACAACGGGGAACUCCCACAGGAUUGUUUUGAGAAUGUUAGGAGUUAAUAAAGUGCCUAGAAGUCUGCCAGGCAUACAGUGCUACAGUGUUUGUUGUUAGGAUUUGGUACCCUCCUAUCAGGAUGAAGUUGCUGAAGGCCUAUAGAGGAUUUGGGCAGGGUGGAAAGGGCAUUCGGUUCACAGAAAAAGUUAAGAAGGCAAAAUGGGCUUGAAUGUUUUCGACUAGACUUUCCCUUAAGGCCUGUGCGUGUGGUGGGGGUGGAAGGGGGAACUGUGCUUUAAUGGUGCUCAUUUAGACUGGAUUAAUGGGAAGCUCCUACCAGGGCUCAGGCACCAUUACCCACCCUCUCCCUGAGGCUUUGGGUGAACAGCACCGGUUUAGAGGCCAUCCAGUAGACUCUUCCAGGCCACCCUUUCUGAUGGCUCAAGGCCACCUCCUAUAAAUCAGUUCUUGGAGGCACCGGGCAAAAGCCACAUCCUCUGGGGAUGUAAGUUAGCCAGUGUAAGUUAACACUGGUCCAGGGCUGGCAUGCGGCAGGCCCCAGUCCCUGGGCUGCUGGUGGGUCUCAUUUUAGGGACACCCAAAUGCACCACUAUUUAUGGUGCAUUUAAAGGCUAAAUAGAAUCAGAUUUAUAAUUUCAGAAAGCUCGAAAUGGGGUCUCCUAGGUUAUGGGUAGGAGGGGGGGCAAAGAAGGGCCUGGAGGCAGCCUCGGAGCCACUCACUCCCUGCCUGGCCGCUCCCAGGUCACUCAUACUUCAUUAGGUGGGACAGCCUUUUCCUUUUCAAAGACAACGCAAAUGGCCUUUCCCUUACGUGGCGGCCGGCGUUCGCCUCGCCUCAUCGCUGAAAAGUGCUGGCCGUGCGCUCUCGCUCUUAGAGUUGAUCCUUAUCGGAACUGUGCGUGCCAAGCUGCCAGCCCCGCAAAAAGACAAAGACGCGGGCGCCUCCGGGGGCUUCCCCUUCACAGCCUGCGGCUCCCAAGCCGCUGCCCCGGCCAGCCUCCGGAACAAACCCGGAGCCCGAAGUCAGAAUUCCAGUUCUCGAGCGCCACCCGGAGCGUUCACAUUUCCCCUCCUGGGAGGCGGCGUGGUGCGCGGGUAAGAGCCCGAGGGCGGCGAUGGCAGACGGGGUUGGGGGGGGGGCCCUCUCCGCACCCAGCUGCACGUACGCAGAAAAAGAAAAAGGAAGAGAAAAACGUGGGCUUAUAAAAGCUAAAACCCAGGACCAUCCACUAUGAAGUGCAAACAACCCCCGGCAGGAGUUUGUAAGGAGCAAGAAAUCCCCCAAAUAGAAACUACAACUAAAAUAAAUCUCCGUUUAGAAUUAUAGUAGAAGUCCUCGAAGGUGGAGUGCAGAGGGGACCGCGCCUUCUUAGGACACACACGGGCACUGCCAAGAUACAUCAUGCUCAGCCCAGCACCUCCUCACACACGUUUAAUAUCAAGCAGACAGCGGGGGUUUCAUUUACGGAUCAGCCAGUUCUCACAGUAUUUAUAACUGACUCAACGUGUACUUGAUUUUUUUUUUUUAAAGAUUAAUCUUGCUUGAAAGAUACAUGGACAACCUGUAUUUAGAUGGGCUAAGUUCCCGCAGCUGUCUGCCCACAUCUGUCUGGUCUCUCUAAGAAUCCACGUUUUCUAGACCGGGAAGGGGCAGGCGGCCCUCGUGGCUCCUCCUUUCGGCGGUUUCCUGGCGAGGCGCCCAUCCUCCCCAAGCACCGGGAACGGAGGCGGCCGCAUUAAUACUCGCGGGCAGCCUGCUCUGACCUAUACUGUCAUUUUUUCCAUCGGUCAGAAGCGGGUGGUGUGGGGGGGUUCUCCUCCAAGGGGCUCUGCACGGAUCAUUGGGUUUUCCCCGGCGAACUUAACACCGAGGCAAAAGGGGCAGAUGGAAACCAGGCCUUGGCUGGCCGGGCGCGCGUAAGCGCCGCACUCGGCAGCUCGACGAAAAGCCAGGGCUGGAUUUCCGCGGCCCGGGCCCGGCGGCCUCCCCGCGCCGGCGCGAUCCUCUCUCCCUCGGGCUGAGCAAACGUGCUCGCCUAAUUCCGCCCUGGAGACAGCAGCUGUGAAGCGAGGGGGGUGGGGUGGAAGAACCCGCAACUUUCCCAACAGAAAGUGUAUGCGCACAGGAGAGGUGAAGGCCCACCCGAUUCUGUGCACGUACCGACACAGCAUCUAAUCAGUGUCACUGCCAGGAAUACGCUUCCGCGGCGGGCGACACCCCGGCCCCCGGCAACCUGCAGGAGGGAGGGGGGAUGCAAAUGGCGUCUCGCGUCGUCCCAGACUCUGCACCGCUCCCGCUGGCGCGACUCGGAGCAGACGUCGCAGCGGGCCAAGCCCCGUCACUCUGGGGACACGAACACGCUGGCAGCCCGCGCCCCUCUCCUGCGACCUGGUCGCGGGAAAGGGAACUAGCAACUACUCCCCGUUCUGAGGUCAUUCCCCCCCUGCCCCCACCUCCGGAAGAGCCGCCCUUCUCCGUUGGCGGGGCGGGGUGGGGGAGGGACGGGGGACGGGGACGGACGACUUUGCGGGGCCACGGCUCCGCGCCUUUCCCGCGUGGCGUCGGAGAGGAGCGUGGGAGGGUUUCCCGUCCAAGGCCUGGCCACACUCUCCACUUUUCCAGGCCUCGGACUUGAACCUCGUGGACUAUGGAGCAGAGGAGGACACUUCUUCGGGCCCCUCUGGGGAGGAGGGGUACCGAAGUCAGGCAUUCUCAAGGGCUCCGGCGAAUGGCCAAGUUUGUGUCCUUUCCCUCCCACGCUGGAGUAGCGCUCGCCACUUUGGGGAAGCGUGAGACUCCUCAUCCCCGGCCACGAGGCCAUCCCUGUCUUCAAGGUGGGGCCGAUGGUCUCUCUUCAGCACCCUCUCCCGCUCUGCGGCUCCUGCACGGCUCCUACAGUCCGGGGAGGCCCCCAGAGACGGCCCGCGCCUUCUCUCGCCCGCUCUUCCGGGGGGGGGGGAGGCGCGUGGGUCGUGUGCCCUACGACUCCAGCCCGCAGCCUCCGCGGAGCCGCCUCGGCAGCCCUCCCCGCCCGGAGUCGCCCUGCGGGAUGCAGCCUCCCCCACGCGUAAUGAGGCACCCCUGGGACGCAGGCAGGGAUGGCGGUUCCGGUCGUUCCGGGAUUUGCGUGCAAGAAGAAAACAAGGCCGGCGACUACAGGAGCGGCGCCUCCAUUCUUGAGGUUCAGACGCCCGCGCGGUCUCCGCGUCGGUCCCGCUAUCGCCACUCCUGUCUGGGGGGCCCGCUUCUGUACCCCCCGCCACCCCCCAGGAAUCCCUCGUCCCGCCCGCGCCGCACCACGCGGAGCUCCGAGCACGCCGGCUCCCACCCCAGCCCCUCCAUAACUCGCGCGCCUUCCUCGCCCCGGGCUCGGGCGCCACUCGCUCUCAGCGCCCGGAGUACGCCGGUUCCACCCUCGGCUGCGAAAGCCGCCGCCCCGUGCCACCCCCGCCCGGCCCGGCCCUUGUCCCAGCCCGGCUCCCCCGCCAGCUGCGCCGCCACCGCCGCACGUGACCCGCCCCCGUCGCGGCUUCCGCUGAGCUGCCUGUUCCGGAGCACAAACAAUUUCUGCUCUGACGCGGGGUCUCUCGGGCCCCGGCGUCCUCUCCUCCCUGCCUCCCCCCCUUCCGGACCACGUAAGGAACACUGUGAUCGGUGCAUCUGUGCGGCUCACUCCGGAGUCCCAGCCCUCACCAGCUGCGUGGUGACAUCUCUUGGAAGGCAUUAUCUACCUUAACCCACGAUUCUGAGAUGCUGGGCAGGGGGACUGCCUUUGCCAUCUGGAGAGCCGCUACCUGUCCUGCUCCUUCCGGUGGCCCGAGAGAGGGUGCGAUUUUAAAAAAUUCAUAUAUGCAGAGAAGAAAAAUUUGACCCAGAGGAAAGGCCAUGUGAGAAGGUCGUUGUCUGCAAGCCAAGGAGAGAGACCUCAGAAGAAACCAAACCUGCUGACACCGUGACUUUGGGCCACCAGCUUCCAGAACAUUCCCAGGCCAAGGAUCAGAUCUGAACCGAAGUUGCAACCGACACCACCGCUGCUGGACCGGGCCAGGAUUGAACCUGCAUCCUGGCGCUGCAGAGAUGCUGCCGAUCCUGUUGCACCAUGGCGAGAACUCCCCCAUGGAAAGUUUUUUAAGCAAAAAGGAAAUCUUUGGGGUCAGAUGACUGGGGUAGCUUCUAACAACUGCAGAGUGAUUCCAGGCACCAGGGCCUCACCUGCGAGGUCCUCGUAUCACACUCUCUCGCUGAGGCCCUUGGCCUGGUUUGUGCAGAGAAAACGACCACUAAGAGAAUGCCAGAGUCUCUUUGCCCAAAAAAAGGACAUCUCCCAUCGCAGAUGCUCGCUUUGCAAUGUGACUUUGGCGUUCCUCACGGUGGGAGCCGGGGUCUAUGUUUUCUGCAUUUGAAUCUGGGUGGACCCGUGACUAUAGUGGAACUGGCCCUACAUGACUUCCAAGGCUGGGUCACGAAGGACGACACAGUUGCGGCCUGGUUUGCUGGCACAUUGCCUUUGGAGUCCUGAGCUGAGCUGCCCAGGCAGGAGCCCGAGGCUGCCAUGCUGUCCCAUGAAAGUGUUCUGACCUAGAGCCCCAGCUGAAGGCCCAUUGAGCAGCCAGCAUCAACCACCUCAUAUGAGUGAAGCUGCCUCCACGGACUCUGGUCCCCUGCUAUUGAGUUCUCCCUGUAGAGGCCCCAGGUAUUGGGGAGCAGGGACACGUCCUCCCCAGUGCGCCCUGUCAGAAUUCCUGCCCUGCAGAAUCUGCGCGCAUGAUAAAAUGGUAGUUUUAGGCUCCGCUUUGAGAUAAUUUGUUCCAUAGCAAUAGUCGGUGGAAUAAAAAAUCCAGGAUUACCUGCUUAUAGCUACCCUCCUCCCUCCCUUCCUUCCUUUCUCUUCUUUUCUUUCUUUCUUCCUUCCUUUCUCUUCUUUUCUUUCUUUCUU